AUGGAAUGUGUCGAGUCGGCAAAAAUCCGAGCCAAAUACCCUGACCGUGUCCCGGUCAUAGUGGAGAAGGUCUCAGGAUCUCAGAUUGUUGAUAUUGACAAGAGGAAGUAUUUAGUUCCAUCUGACAUCACUGUGGCCCAGUUCAUGUGGAUCAUCAGGAAGAGGAUUCAACUGCCAUCUGAGAAAGCAAUAUUCCUCUUCGUAGACAAGACUGUCCCUCAAUCCAGCUUAACUAUGGGACAACUUUACGAGAAGGAGAAAGAUGAGGAUGGAUUCUUGUAUGUUGCCUACAGUGGAGAGAACACAUUUGGUUUUUGAAUCCUGGAUCUUGGCUACUACACCAUCCUGCUGUGUAUCUUGUAAAUAGCUAAUAAUUUUCUGUUUUGGCAUCCACAGAUGUUCCUUCUAUAUACAUGCAUUGGUAACUGGAUUUAUUUCCUAAUAUACCAAUAGAUCUUGUUUUACUAGACUGGUAAGUUAUCAAAAGUUGUUUUUUUUUUUUUGGUGCAUUUUUUUCUCAUAGCUGUGAAUCCCCAGAGUCUCACUCCUUUGGGGGAUAAAUUUAAUAACAUUAAAUAAUAAAGCAAAGUGGUUGGGCUACUA